AUGGCUCCUCUUACCCUCGCCCUAGGUGUCCUCGCAGGACUUGCACCCUUUGCCCUCGCAAGUCCCGGCUGUGGUAGUUCGUUACCGAUCAACUUCAAGCCUGGUACUUCAACCACCAAUGUGACUAUUUCAUCCAAGUCUGUCAUUGGCAAAAUAACGGAAAGGGAAUACAUUUUGCAUUUACCUACCAAUUAUGCUCCCUCGAAUAACAAGCCGGCACCGCUGAUCUUCGCUUUCCAUGGCCAAUUGCAGCCCGCACGGAAUAUGGAGAAGAUCAGCCAGCUAUCAGACCCAAACUUCAACAAGGAUUCCAUCGUCGUGUACCCUGCCGGCAUGAAUGUCCAAGUCCCAGGUGUACAAUGGCUAGGCGAUGUUGCUGCGCCCAACUCUUCGGUUAUUGACGACCGCAUCUUCGUCGAUGAGAUCCGUAAAAACCUAACAGGUACUUUUUGCGUGGAUGAAAGGCGCAUCUACGCCACUGGCGUAUCUAAUGGAGGAAGCAUGGUUGCGCUUCUCAUGUGUGACGCAAAACUUAACAAGCACUUUGCUGCUGUUUCCACUGUCGGCGGCGCAUUCUACCCAGAUACCGCCAUGACGGAGCCGCUCUACCAAGCAGGCUGUAACCCAGACCUGCAGGGCCGAGCACUUCCAUACCUGAACCUGCACGGUCUCAGUGACAAAAUUGUUCCGUACAACGGCAAUAACACUCCGCCCUUUAUCCCCGUCCGUGAAUGGGUCGACACGUGGGUUAAGCGCGACAACUGUGAAAGCAGAUACGUGACCGAAGUUGCUGAGAAUGAGACCGUAACAGAUCUCAAGUGGAAAUGCAAUGGCCAUAAGGAUCUGGUGCUGCACAGGGAGAUCAAGGGUUAUGGUCAUGGCUGGCCCAGCAGGGUUGAGCAGGGCGAGCCGUUCGACUCAAUGAGCGGCGGGUCGACCAAAUGGGACGCUGCACCGUAUAUUCUCAAUUGGUUUAGCAAGUGGGCUACCUACUAG